AUGGCACCGUACGAAAUGUUAUAUGGUAGAAAGUGUCGAACCCCAGUGUGUUGGGGAGAAGUCGGUCCCCGCGGAUUAGCUCAUACCGAUGUAAUCCAAAUUACAAACAAGAAAGUUGACUUGGUCCGAACUCAUUUAAAAGCAGCUCAAGAUCGACAAAAAGCAUAUGCUGAUAAACGGAGGAGGCCAAUAGAAUUUCAAGUGGGCGAUAAAGUAAUGUUGAAAGUAUUUCCGUGGAAGGGGAUAAUUCGGUUUAGAAAAAGAGGGAAAUUGAGCCCAAGAUUUAUUGGACCAUUUGAAAUCGUUGAACGGGUUGGAAAGGUAGCAUACCGUCUCGAGCUACCUGAGGAGUUGAAUGGAAUACACAUCACAUUCCACGUGUCACAUCUCCGUAAAUGUUUAGCGGACGAAAUUGCUCGUAUCCACUACAACGAUAUCGAGGUGGAUAACAGCCUCAACUAUGCGGUAAAGCCAAUUGCAAUUCUAGAUCGUAAAAUGAAGAGUUUGAGAAACAAAAGGAUCAACCAAGUGAAGGUUAAAUGGGAGCACAGGAAGGGUGCGGAUACCACAUGGGAAUCCGAAGAAGAAAUGCGGCGGCUCUACCCUACAUUAUUUGUCUACGAACCCGGUAUAUCGGGUCAAACAAUAGAAGUUGAUAGAAGAUGUCGUUUGAAACGGGAUGCUUGA